GGAAAAAAUAAAAUAUUAUUAAGUGGGGGGAAAAGGAGAGGAAAGAAAUCUCUGCUCAGAGCCUAGACUCUAUUUGGGGCUAGUGAUACCUAGCUGGAUAUCAAAGUUGGUUUCUCUAUGGGGCAAUGCCCCUUUUCUUGCAGAUCUGGCACAAAGCUGGGUUGUUGAACAAACUUAGAGUCCCUAGAGAUAUAGAGCUUGUAAAAGAGCCAGUGACCUGCUCAUAAAUAUAUGACCAUUGUCAAGUUUCUUACUCUGUCUAAACUUUAACUUUCUCAUCUGAAAAUUACAGUUACUUUAAUAUUCAUUAUAUACUAAGUCAGUUAGACUUUCAGGACCAAAUGUGAUAAUGGAGACUGACCUGAUAAUAAGGUUGGCUUGAUAAUAAAGUUAAAUCAAACCAACUCAAAAAGAAAGGAGUGUCCUGAUUUUAAUUCAGAAUUACCAGCUCCAUAAUAGAUACAAAUAACACUUAAACAAUAAAACUCAAUUAUCCAAAGUAGAAGAAAUAAGAGAAGGAAGACAUGGGAUAAUAAAGAAACCAGAUAAAACAGAAUGGAGAAUCUUUUUACAUUGGCAAUAAAGUAACUCGGCUCAAUCAAGAGAGAGAAUUGUAGAUAUCAUAGAAGAGGAAGUUCCCCAAAGUUUCUAGUACAACAAGCCAGAGACAGAGACAUGACUGAGAUUGAUGUUAUCCAGAAAUGUCCAGCUCUUCUGUAAUUUCCCUGCCAAAGACACUAGAGUGGUUUUCCAUUUCCUUCUGCAAUUCAUUUUACAAAGGAGAAAAUUGAAACAAACAGGAUGAAGUAAGGUUCCCAGGGUCCCACAUCUGGUAAUCUGAAGCUGGAUUUGCACUCAGGUCAUUCUGAUUCCAGGUGCCAUGUUCAAUCCACUGCUCCAUCUAGCUGCCCUAUUAGUUCCUUCUUUGUCUUCCUUCCUAGAGUCUUUUUUUUUUCUUUCAACAAUUUCUUCAACUUUGGAAGUGGGAUUGGCCUCAUUCAUCUUUCCUGAGGAAACUAGAAGCCAGAAAUUCCUGAAAUGGCUCAAAGCUUCAAAAAAGACUCCAAGAAAAGCUGAAUUUCUCUUCUUGCAAACCUCACUCAGCCUGCUCACACAAGGUGCAAGUGAUGCAAUAGAAAUAAUUGCACAAGGACCAAGACAUUACUUUGGGGAUUUAUACAAGAAAACUUCAAACAUAACUCAUUUCACUGAAUACCUUUCGGUCAGAAAUGAAAAACUCACGGAGUCUGAAAGAGUCCAAUUACUGGAAAAAAGGAACACAUAUUGGUUGCCUCUAGUUUCUCAACUAGAAGCAAGGCUGAAGUUAACACCUUGUGAAUCUGUGGAAAGAAGUAAAUACAUUUUGGAAAUGGGAGAGAAAGAAGAACUGUUAGCACCAAGUAAAUCAAGAAGCCAGCCUAAAAUCAAAGAAGCAAUACGUUCAAUCUUCCUUCUGGCCCAAGAUCUAGCCACGUCAUGUUCAAAUUGCAUCAAAAGCAGAGCAUGUAAAUAUAGUUCUGAUGAACAAUUAGAGCUUUCUUUCUCAGAACCAGAAUUAAAAGACUCCUUUGUGUGUUCCAUGUUCUUACUUGAGUCCCAGCUUGCUGAAGAUGAUAAAAAUGAAGACGGGAGCAAUGAUGAUGAUGGUGGUGAACUCAAUUAUGAAGUCAUAUCUGACAAGGAUGAUGAACACUAUAAGGAUGCUGCUGAUAUACAAGACAAUUUUAAGUUCCAGGAUAAGUGUGCUGAUGUGACUGAUGGCUGUAAUGCUAAUCAUUAUAAUGAUGGUAGCCAGCAUGACAACACCAAAGAAAUAGUUUAUGGUUAUGACCAAGAUGAUAAGGACAUCUACUAUGAUGGUGGCAGCAAUUGUAUGGAUAGCCAUGAUGAUGAUAAUAGAAAUAUAGAUAAAGAAACCCAUAUUAGCUGCAAUAGUCUUAGGAACAGAAUUGGUGAUAAUGGUAAAGACAAAAAUGGAAAUGCUGACAGCCUUUUUGAUAAAAGGAAUAAUGAUAGAAUUAAUGAAAAAGACAAUAACUCCAGUUAUGGUGAUGAUGAUGAUGAUGAUGAUGAUGAUACAACAUGCUGGAGGGUAACAUUUACCAUUCUGAUGCUGACAAUCUGGCUAGUGAUGCUAGUGGUGAUGAUGAUAAUGAUGGUGCCAAUUGUGAGAAACCAACUGAAAAUAUAGCAAUAUCAAUGUCAGUGACAGCGAUACUGAGAGCAGUGCUAAUAGAGCUAUAAUAUCACUGCCAAUGGGGAUAUCUAUGGUUAUGACACUACCAGUAAUAACAACAAUGGCACAGACAUGAAACACAGAUCUGAAGUACACUAAUAAAAAUGGUGAAACAAUAAGAUGACAUUUGUCUGUCACUCUUUAGCUAGUCUUUAAUGACAGUCACUUUUCCCCUAGUUUUUUGGUACCACUUGCAAAAAGGCUGCUAAGAUAUUUUUUUGGUCAUAUGCAUAUACUCCUAUUUUCAAUUUCUUUGGGAGCUUUAGCUUUGUUACGGGCAUUGAUCGAACUUUAUUUGUCAAGAAACACCAGCAAGAAGAACAACCACAAAACUAUCAAAGUGAAUGUUGCAAAAUGAGAAACAACAAAGAUACUUUGAAGUAAAGAGAAGACAUUCUAUCCCACUUCUUUGCAAAGGUGGGAGGACCAUGAGUGUGGCACAUAACUUCUUUUGCCAAUUUUUCCAAAAUAAUUUUGCAUGUUUAAAAAAUUUUUCCAUUCUCCCCUCCCUAAAUUUGUUGUAUUGCAUGAUUGUAGAGGCUUGAGGAGAAAUAUUGGAAACUUUAAAAGUGGGAAAAAACCAGAGUAUAUCAAUAAAAAUUUAUUUUAAAUAAGACCACUGUUUUUGUAAGUUUUGUAUUAAGCAUUUUCUCUUGGAUUUAAUAAUUGGUCAUUAAUGUAACAGCAUAAAUAUUUCUCUCAGUCAUCUGAAAGUUUGGAGAGUUUUGAUCUUUACUUACCAUUUUAAAAAAAAUCUUUGCUUGAACUCUAUACAUGAUAUGAAUUUUGAUGUCUAUUGCCUAAAGGAAGACUCUUAAAGGAUCCUUGAAGAUCUGGUUGUAAAAUGCGCCAUUCUGUCUCCUGAUAUCUAGAGAGAAAAGAAAACAGUGAACAGAUCUUUUAUAGGAAAUAUAACCUUGGGGAUUUGAUAUCAUAACUUGGCUUUCUGAUUGCAUAUGGUAAUGUGAGGUUACUAGAUAUCUCCACUUGAGAUGGGAUUGUAAUCAAAAGUCCAAUUGAACUAUCAGUGGUCUUCCAUGCUUGCCUCAGACUUACAGAUUGUUUACAAUAAUUCAGGCUUUCUUUGCUAAGGCAACCUUGGUCCUAAUCACUUCUAAAAUGCAUAUUUUUAAAUUUGUGUCACAAUAAGGAACUACUGAACUUCUUUCAAAUCUUUUGAAUAUUCACAAAUACCUAUUUUUAAAAAUAUCUAAAUAUAUAAUGUUGUACUAGCUCUUGCUUGGCCCAUCCCCCUGCUUACCUAAGCAUUUUGCAAGCAGAAUGUAAUGUCCUUGUACUCUGAGGUCAGAGCACUCUGUCCUAUAUCCUAUUCUUGGUACUUCCCUGCUUUCAAUAAGGUUAUAAACUACUAAUGUCUGCUUCUGUAUCUUCCUGCUUAUAAA